CAGGCAGUCGGACCUGGCCCUUUGCCUGAGGUCGUGGUCAUCUCAGUCUCAUUGAUUGUUAGGUCAGGCGGGGCGCCGUCUCUUUUGUCUGGAGGUGGGGAAACUGAGGCCGAAGAGGCGCAGAGCGGAGGUGCGGCCACCCCCAGGAAGUGCUGCACCAGAUGCGGGGUGAGAGUGAGGGGUGCCUUGCCCAGCUACCAGUUCAGAGGAAGCAAAAAGGCUGCUGAUGGGGGAAAGAAGAAGUGAAGUGAGAGCCUGGUGUGGUGCGCAGGCCCGGAAUGAAGUGAGCAGGGGAGGGCUGAGGGCGCACACACAUCCAACUUCCCCUUCUCUCUGUGGACAGGACGGUGGUAGCAGCCCAGCAGCUGGACGGCAGCAACCCCACAGGUCUCCUUGGCCUCAUUUUAUGGACGAGAAACCCUGAAGCAUGGAGAAGUGGACUUAUUGCCCAAUGUCACAGCCCAGGGACUGAAUACUGGAGAUAGUUAUCAAAUUUGCAUCUUCCAAAGGCUCUGGCCUGCACUCUGCAUGUUUCCUCAUCUCUCUAGAUAGAGUCUUACUCAUCCGUAGAGCAACUCAGCCACCCAACCAUCUUGGGGAGGCUGCAGUGCACAGCGUGGGGAGAGCACUUGACUUGGAGCCUGGAGCUCUUGGUUUGAGUUCCAGCUUGACCACUGGCCUGCCGUAACCCCAGGAAAACCCCUGUGCGGUUUCCAGUUUCCCCACGAUCAACUGGAACCAUUUUGGACAUCAGGGUGGGAGCCAGUUCUCGGAAGAGACUGGGCACAGGACAUGGAUUGCUGGGGGACCUUUUUCCUCUGCCUGUGUUUCAUGACUUCUCAGAGUGAGACAGCGGAGACAUCCCAAGAACCCCUGCUCUGGAUGGAGAAACUGGAGGUGAUGGCCAGAAGCCACAACUCGACUUCUCUUGCUGACCAGCAGAGAAAAGCCAGAAAAGGCUUCCUGAAGGAGGUGUCAACAAAGCUGGACCAGAAAGAGAGCCUCAUCCGGGGCCUGGAGUGCAAGCUGUUGAACGCCAGCUUCAGGGGCAGCAACCUGACCUUGCAGACGCCCACCAUCCAGUCACUGAUCUUCAAGCUGGGCUGCAACUUCGCCGGCCUGUCGCUGAGCAGCGCCACCAUGAAGGGGGUCCCCCAGGUCUCACAUGCCAUGCAGUUCCCGGCCGAGCUGACCCAGGACGCCUGCAGGGACUCCCCCAGGGAGCUGCGUCUCAUCUGCAUCUACUUCUUCACGGACUACUUUUUCCAGAAUACCAACUCAUCUCUGCUCAAUAACUAUGUCUUGGGAGCCCAGCUGGGUCACGGACACGUGAGCAACCUCAGUGAGCCCAUCAACAUCAGCUUCUGGCACAACCAAAGCCUGGAAGGCUACACGGUGACCUGUGUUUUCUGGAAGGAAGGAGCCAGCGAACAUUACUGGGGGCUCUGGAGCCCCGAGGGCUGUCGCACGGAGAAGCCCUCACCUUCCCAGGUGCUCUGCCGCUGCAAUCACCUCAGCUACUUUGCUGUUCUCAUGCAACUGUCCCCAGCCCCGGUCCCAGGAGAGCUGCUGGCGCCUCUCACGUACAUCUCCCUGGUGGGCUGUAGCAUCUCCGUCGUGGCCUCGCUUCUCAGUAUCCUGCUGCACUGCCAAGCCAGGAAGCAGGGUGACUCCAUAACACGCAUCCACAUGAACCUGCAUGCCUCCGUGCUGCUCCUGAAUGUCGCCUUCCUGCUGAGUCCUGCGCUGGCCAUGCCCCCCGCAUCUGGGGCAGCGUGCACAGCGGUGGCCGCCAUCCUGCACUUUGCCCUGCUCAGUUGCCUCACCUGGAUGGCCAUCGAAGGCUUCAACCUCUACCUCCUCCUUGGGCGCGUCUACAACAUCUACAUCCGCCGAUACUUGCUCAAGCUCUGUGCAGUGGGCUGGGGAGUCCCGGCCCUCCUGGUACUGUUCCUUCUUGCUGUCAAGAACUCAGUGUAUGGACCCCAUGCCAUUCCACUCUCCGACAGCCAGGGAAAUGGCACAGGCUUCCAGAACAUGUCCAUAUGCUGGGUGCGGAACCCCUGGGUGCACAACAUCUUGGUCAUGGGCUACGGUGGCCUCACGUCCCUUUUUAACCUGGUGGUGCUGGUCUGGGCGCUGCGGGUCUUGCACCGGCUGCGGGCCCAGGACAAGGUGCCAAACACGCGGGCCUGCCGGGACAUCUUCACCGUGUUGGGCCUCACUGUGCUUCUAGGCACCACCUGGGCCUUGGCUUUCUUCUCCUUUGGCGUCUUCCUGCUGCCCCAGCUCUUCCUCUUCACCACCUUCAACUCGCUCUACGGUUUCUUCCUCUUCCUGUGGUUCUGCUCCCAGAGGUGCCGCUCCGAGGCAGAGGUGGAGGCGGAGAUGGAGGCAUUCAGCUCCUCCCAGACGAUGCAGUAGGCUGGGUCUCCUCGCCCAGAAGCCAUGGCCUCUCUGGCCGCCUGCAGCCCGAGACUCCGGCCUCCCCCAGAGAAGGUGGCAGGCCAGCUGCUGGGCACCAGAGGCCACUGAGGCCUCCAGGCAGGCUUCUCGACCUCCAUGGCUUCCCCAGGCCCAGAGCGCAGGGUGUUGCUCUGCCUCCUCUCUCUUCGUGGGGAUAGGACUGCAGAACCCCUUUCCCCUCCACCUGAGCCAGCUGGGCCCGUGGCCUGGCCAUAUGAUAAUUGGGUAGGUUUGAAUUGGCCCUGGUAGGUGUGAGGGUAUGGACCAGGUUCAGGAGCCCGUCCAUAGGCCCAGACACUGGGGUCUCCCCACCUACCUCCCUGCCCCCCACUCCCCGGCCUGGGGAGCCACGCCAACCCUGGCACUUCACCCCUCCCCUGCAGAUGCUGGGUGCAGAACUCCUGGGUGCACAACAUCUUGGUCAUGGGCUACGGUGGCCUCACGUCCCUUUUUAACCUGGUGGUGCUGGUCUGGGCGCUGCGGGUCUUGCACCGUCAAGCUCAGACUCCCGUUAUAGAGAAUCACCAUUGCCCUUGACCUCUCUGUCCUACCCAGAGGGAGAAGGCUCCCGAAGCCAGCUCCAUUCCCAGGCUGCACACCAGGGGGAGCUGUGGGCCUAUGCUCGGAAGCCAUUGGCUCCCAAAUCUGAUCUGGAAAUACUGUCACCUGUCCGGGGACGUGACACCAGAUGGAGGGGCCCUGCUUCCAGGACUGCUCCUGCUGAGUGACCGAAGAAAGGAUUCCAGCCCUGUUUAAACAGCCAUUUUUCUCUUCCCGACACAGCUGUUCGCUCUGGCUCUUGGGGUCUUGGGCAUAUGCGGUACUAGAGGGGGUGGGCGCGGGGAGGCUCUCGGGGCCCGGCUCCAGGCCGCCAGACAGGUAAUAAUGACUCUGGAUGGCACGGUGAGGGUACUGGAGCUGGAUCCCUUUUCUCCUGGGGGAGUCCUCUGCCUUCUGUUCAUUUCCUGAUGCAGAGAGCCCUUUGCCUGCUGGUAAGGGCUGUAGGCUCUGGAGCUAGACUGCCUGGGCUCAGAUGGCCUUGCCACUUGCUAGCUAUAUGACUGGCCAAGCCACUCAAGCUCUCUGUGCCUUAGUCUUCCCAUCUGUAAAAUAGGGGCAGUCAUGGUGCCUAUUUUGAAGAUGAAAAAAAGAAUCCUUAGAAAGAGGCUUAGCAAGUAGAAAGUGCUCAAUAAAUAAUUAUUAUUGUUA